AUGAAACCUGCCGCUACCUUCGCGAGAAUCAUGGCGGUAGGUGCUUUCAUUGCAGCAGAGAGUGCGCCGAAUGCACCUGCACUUCGUGGCCUGCGUAUGAACGCAGAUAUACCCACAGUCAAAGAAAAUACCGAGGAAAGCAGGAAGGGCCACCACCACCAUGUCAAGAAAGUCAAGAAAGUCAAGAAAAUCGCUAUUCCCGUGCCUGUGGAGGUGCCGCAUUUCAUUCCUGUUCCCGUCAGCAUCCCGUCCACAGUGAUAGCUGGCUCCAACACUGCCGUCGUUGACUCCACCACCAAUGUCGCCUCUACCAAUGUCGCUUCUACCAAUGUCGCCUCUACCAAUGCCGCUUCGAACAAUGUCGUUGCCGCAGGGACUAACGUGGCACUGGGAUCUGCAGCUGUCACGCCAGCUCCGACGACUGCAAAUGUACGUCCAGUGGCAACCCCUGCACCUACGGUAACCCGAGGAUCAAGGGCCACGCCGGCACCAACGAACGUUGCCAGUGCAGAUCCAUCUCCAGCACAACAGCCAAGAGCUGCCGCAGCCAUUCCUCAGUCUGGGGACGCAGGCAUAGCCGGGGUCUAA